CCACUUUAUUGUUUAACCCCUAACUUAAGUUUUUUUUAACGUUCUGCACCUGAUUUUAUGUUAUUUUAUAAGUAAGCUCAUUAGAGUUUUAUCAUGUUAAAGUCAACGAGUACCUUGCGCCUAUUUACCAAUCUCAGUAAACAAAACGGAGUUUGUAAUGCAGUAAAAUGUAAUUUCUAUAGCAAAGAUGCCAAAGUUGUGCCGUCACCCAUUUAUGAGCUGCGCAUUUAUCAAAUUCUAGCCAAAGAUUUCAAGAGCACCACAGAGUUAUUCAAGCAGUAUAUCUCCCUGCGCACCAAGCAUUCUAAGCUGUUGGGAUUCUGGAAUGGAGAGAUUGGGGGUUCUAUAACCCAACUUGUCCAUUUAUGGGAAUAUGAAAGCUUAAGCCACAGGCGUAAAGUUCGCACUGGCAUGAUGGAGGAUAAAGAGUGGACCACAGUUUUUCUGCCUAAAUUGUUGCCAACAAUUGAUGACUGGACAAAUGCAUUGGUGGCACCAUUGCCUAAAUCUAAGCUCAAUCUGGAUUUGCCUUCAGAACCUGGAGCUGUGUACCAGCUAGAGACCAUUAAAGGAUCAGCUACAAAACCUCACAGUGGAGCUCAUAAAGGGGAGAUCUUGGUUGGCAGAUUUGUGGGUGUUUUAGGACAAACUAAUACAGAAUACAGGCUAUGGCGCUAUGCAGACAUUGAUGAUCUAUUUGCUGCGUCCUGGAAGAGAGCAUUAGAUGAGCCUCAAGAUGGAAAUUCUCUAUUGCUCUACCCCAUUUCAUUCUCACCACUUCAGUGAUAAACUGCUUGUUGUUAGAAACUUUAUUUGCCAGCAUAAUCAAGGUGUAUCAAAGCUUUAAUCAAUGUAAUGUUUCUGUUUACAUCUUCAAGUUGUGAUUUCUAUUUAUAGUAUUCUAGUCCCAGUUUGAUUUUUUGAUGAUAUAACAAUUUAUAUCCAACCAGUCUUAAAAAUGUUUAUUCUGCUGCUUUCAAAGCUUUCCUGCUAUAUUUUUGCUCUGCAUUUAAAAAGAAUUUUCUGUGUUAA